UGAUGUUAGUGUACUAGGUUUUGAGACAAAACCUCUUACUGGUCCAAGUGCAAAAAUCCUCCCCCGUCUCUCUCUCUCUUUCUCUCUCAUCCUCUAUCCGAGCAGGCUACUGGAGAGCCGCGCUGCCUCACAUGGACCCGAGACUUUAACAUUGCAUCAAGACUCUCAGCUGUUGUUCCCUUUUGGAAAGACAAAAGAGAAGUUUGAUCAGGUGGAGCAAAACGCCAAACAUCUCUUCAGGAGGAUCUUGCGUAUGUGUUUUAGUAAAAGAACGAAGAGAGCAGCUGGUUUGAGGAGCGCAGACGAGUGCCAUCCUACGAGUUCUUGGCAAAAGACUUCUUAAGCGGAAUAAUGAGGAACAUUUGGAUAUUCCUGACACUUUCAGCAGCUGUCUGCUUGUCCAGCGACAAGGUACUGGUCUCCGGUCAGUCCCCUGCCUCAACUGAUGACAUCUAUUUGGAUGACCAGCAGUCUGGUGACUAUCCUUUAGAUGAUGAUGACUUCACUUCUGGUUCAGGAUCUGGUUCUAGUGACACAGAUGAUGACGAAGACACUUCCACGGUAAUUGUGCGGUACCCAGAAUUCAAAGCAGAUUCUACUCAGGAGCCCGUCUACAGCAGCAGCCCUAGCUUGGAGUCCUCCAUCAGCAUAAACACAUUCAUUGAUUCAGACUUCGGACCAGAGAUCUCUGACUAUCAGACAGAAAAGCCCCAGGUCACUGUUGAAGCCACCAGCUCACCGAGUGUUGUACAAGACGCUGACCCGCUUCAUGAGGUUCGCACAGAAAAUCUCUUCCAAAGGACAGAAGUGCUGGCAGCGGUUAUAGCCGGCGGAGUGAUUGGCUUCCUGUUUGCCAUCUUCCUCAUCCUCCUUCUGGUGUACCGUAUGAGAAAGAAGGACGAGGGGAGCUACGACCUUGGAGAGCGCAAGCAUCCCAACUCAGCCUAUCAGAAGGCUCCGAGUAAAGAGUUCUACGCCUGAACGACCAAUCAUUGCCAACAGUAACAUCGUUAUAACAACCAACUCCUCUCCAAGAGUAAUGGGGGAUCACAUCGAGGGGAUUUUUUUUUUUUUUUUUUUUUUUUUUUC